AUGCAGCGACGAGCCGUCGCCCUCGCCCUACGCACUGCUGGCGAUAAUAGCGCUGAGAAUUUGGGAAGUGACGGCUCUCGUUUGGUGGAGAUCGGUGUAAGCGAUGGGCAAUCGCAUUUGAUAUUGCCGGUGGUUGAGGGAAAUUCACAUUUGGGUGACCUAUUCAGACAAAUUGAGAUCGCCGCCGGGCCUGGAGCGCUACUUGUUUGUAGGGGACCGUGCGAGUUGAGACAGGUAAUCCAUCCAUUAUUGGCGCAAGAAGGGGUGACAGUAGGCGAGCUUUUCCUCGAGUUUGUCAACAUGAUGCGUCUUGAUGCAAUCCCCUCAACCCCGCCAAUGUCCCAAGAAGCGGAAGAGAUCGCCGUUGAGUUGACCUCGCUCAUUGAUCGUUUCGCUAAACAUACGCCAGAUGAGAUCGCGCUGGCCGUGGAAAGGAUUAGUCUUGGCGUGGAUCCGACGAUUUGUCGUGACGAUGAGUCGGUUGAAGGUGAGGUGGUUGUGCGAGCUCGAGGGCUUCCAUGGCAAGCCUCUGACACCCAUGUUGCCCAAUUCUUUGCCGGCUUGAAUAUAGCACCAGGCGGCGUCGCGUUAUGCCUAUCGGCCGAAGGACGACGAAAUGGCGAGGCACUUGUGAGAUUCGUCAACCCGGAGAUGAGGGCGCUCGCCUUGAAACGUCAUCGACACUUUCUUCUUUCGCGAUACAUCGAGGUCUACCGAGCGUCCGGCGACGAAUUUCUUCAAGUGGCAGCAGGGUGCUCAUCUGAAGCAAUGAUCUUCGUCAGCCGCGGUGCCUCUGUGAUCAUCCGUAUGCGAGGACUUCCCUACGACUGUGCCGAGCAACAGAUCAAAGAAUUCUUCUUGUCCGAGCCCGAGCCAGCGGAAAUGAUGGACUCGGGGGUGAUGUUCGUGACGCGACCUGAUGGACGACCAACUGGCGAUGCCUUUGUACUCUUUGGUGAUGAGGAGACGGGUCUUCGAGCGCUUAAGAAGCACCGACAAACGAUUGGAAGCCGAUACAUUGAACUCUUUCGCUCCACCACCGCCGAAGUCAAUCAGACCACCUCAAGCCAUGUAAGAAAUUUUUCGGAUAGCAACAAGAAGCGACAGCAAAGGGGCGUUACUGUAGAGAGAAAAAUGGUCAUGAAACGCUCCGCCGAAAUGACGCCACCGGUGACUGCUACUCGACGCGACUGUGUUCGUCUUCGUGGACUUCCAUACGAGGCUCGAGUUGAGGAUGUGGUUCGCUUCCUCGGAGAUCACGCUCGGAACAUUGUCUUCCAAGGAGUUCACAUGGUUUUCAAUGCACAAGGCCAUCCGUCCGGCGAGUGCUUCAUCCAGAUGAAUUCUGAGCAAGCGGCUUCCGGAUGUGCUGCAACCACUCACAACAAGUUCAUGAACACUGGCAAAAAGCAGCGCUACAUCGAGGUCUUCCAAUGUUCGCCCGAUGAUAUGCAUUUGGUGAUGCAGGCUCCACAGCAAGCCGCUGCCCCCGCUCCACCGCUCAUCCUUCCACAAGUGCAGCCUCGUUUGCCUUUCCCGAUCACCGCUCCGUCAGCUGCUAUGCCUCUACCAUUUGGUGCUAUGUACUGGCCAUAUCCAUCGCCACCUGUUUCGCCAAACAUGAUGCUUGGUUCGGGAGGACAGGUGCUUGUAACCGGAAUCACUUUCGGCGUCACCGCACAAGACAUCAUGCAUCAGUUCACCACUCCGGAUACUGCUGUUGAGAGUGUGCAAAUGCUCAGAUGGCCAACAGCUACGACGACUGGAGAGGCACUUCUGCGCGUUCUUUGGACUCGGUCAGCCGAUGGCUCCACUUUUCCCACUUAUUCACACUUAAGAAGUCGACUGACCUAUUCCAAGGAAAUCUACGCGUCACUUCGUCGUCAACAAUUUUCCUACGUG